AUGUAUUCGAAAAAGAAAGUGACGAUCAACUACAACAAGUUGCACGCCGAGCCGUCGCAGGGCAAGACCCUCGACGUGAUCCUAAAGAAGCUGAAGCACCGCAUCGUGGAGACGAUGAGCUCGACCAAAACAUCAGCGAUCGGGGUGCGAGAGCCGCAGCCGAACGCUAGCGAGGCGUUCACGCAGUUCGGUGAUGCACAUCGCACGAUGGAAAAGUUCGGCAUCAAGCUGCUAAAGACUGUGAAGCCGAUGCUGGCUGACCUGAGCACAUAUCUGAAUAAAGCUGUUCCAGACACGAAGCUGACCAUCAAGAAAUAUGCAGAUGCCAAGUUUGAGUACCUGUCGUACUGCCUCAAGGUGAAGGAGAUGGAUGAUGAGGAGUAUAGCUACGCAUCCUUGCAGGAACCUCUCUACAGAGUCGAGACCGGCAACUAUGAGUACAGGUACGUUAGCGAUACUAAUUUCAGUGAACUUGAUUGUUCACAAUUGAUACAUGUUCGGGGCAUGGACAACCACUGGCCGAGCUUCCGCAACGUCUGCAAGUACCUUUGUCCAAAGUUACCACCUGUCGUGGAAACACUGUGUAGUGAGGUCACUGGCUCACCAGUGGAGAUAUUUGGUGAUGGGUAG